AUGUUUACGCCACUUUCAAAUGAAUCACAGAAGUAUUACCAUUUUGAAGUAGAAAAUGACAUUGCAGAUAAAAUAAGAAAAGGAAAUCUUCGGAUAACAAAAGAAAAUAAUGUUAUUAAAUUGAUAUUACCAAAUGAAGAAAUUAUUUUGACAGCUCUAAAUUCACACGAAAAGACAAUAUUUAAAUCUCAAGAAGGUGUUGUUCCACCUGUUUAUGAUAAAUUAUCAAUUAGUGGAUUUUAUAUUCAACAAAAACAAAAAUCUAUUCCUUUAACAAAAACAAUAACACCAUCUUUUUCACGUCAAACUCAACAACAUACACAAUCUGAUUUAGAUAAACAAAAAGACAAACAAAAGAGAGAAGAAUUACUGAGAAAAGAAAAAGACAAAUUAAAGGUAACAGUGAUAACAACACACGCAUCUCAAGACAAAAAAAAGUCUCAACGCCCACAAGAACCUAUUACUAGUAAUCAAGAUUCACAACGCCAACACUCUCAAAAAGAACCAAAAUCUCCAAAAGAACCUAAACUCUCUUCUCGUCAUUCGUUAAAACAUACUAUUUCUCCUACUUCAUCAAAACCAAAUCGUUCUACAAUUCAACUAGAACUUUCUGAAACUGUUAAAAAGUUAAAAGAAAUACAAUCAAUAUUUAUUGAACAAUUAAACAAAGACCCUUCAUCAAUAGAUAAAAAACACAUCAUCCAACUUAAAGAAAAAUAUUCUAAAGAAUUUAAUGAUUUAACGAAACGGUAUGAAGAUUUAAGGUUACAAUUAAGUCAUCUCUCUUAUUAA